CAAACCGCAGCUGUGUGCUGUCGCCCAGCGUUUCUCUGGAGGGAAGCUGGUGAGGCUUUGGCGGCUUGGGACACCAUUAAACUUUAUCGUAACUGGGGCUAAUCACAAAAGUCGGACUAUCAGUUUGAGACCCUAGUGGAUGGCAAGGGAGACUUCGUUACUGUCAGGAAAUACUGCGGGAAUCUUUUGCUGAACCGUACCAAACAUGACGGAAGUAGUGGAAGAAUAUGAGGAGUAUGAGGAGGAGGAGGAGGAGGAAAUCAUCGAGGAGACUACAUCGACGACUGUCACUGAGCACAAGACUCAGGUCUUUCAGUCUGGACUGCCCACCAGGAAAGUCAGGAAGAAGGUCAAGGUGGACACUUCCAAGUUCAUGACUCCAUACCUGGCCCACAGCCAGAAGAUGCUGGAGCAGUUCAGCCACAAUAUGUACCGGAAGGCUUAUGACCUGUCCAGAGGGACUCCUCCGGCUCUCAGCACUGAGACCCCUGAGAUGAUCCGCAUCAGGAAGGCCCAGGAGCAGCUUAGUGAGGUUAAAUACCGCAUGGAGGGGAAUAAGGCUCGGACCACCAGCAUGUACGACGGCGAGGCCAAGGAGAUCGCCCACGUCAAGCGAGUGUCCGAACUGAUCAGCAAGGUCCUGUACAGGCAGAAGUGGGAUGAGACUAAGGACCGGUACCUUCUCCCUCCCGAUGCUCCUGAGCUGGUUCUGGCUGUGAAGAAUGCUGCUAACUACAGCAAAAAACUUUACACGGAGGCCUGGGAUGAAGAGAAGACGAUGUACUACCCUUACUCUGACAGCCCUGAGCUGCGCAGGGUGGCCAAGGCUCAGGAGGUCCUCAGUGAUAUUCACUACAAGAAGGGCCACGAUGAGCGCAAGGCCAAGUACACCUCCUUGGCCGAUCCUCCCGAAGUGGAGCUGGCUAGGAGAGUCGCCCAUCAGCGCAGUGACCUCAAAUACAAGGAAGAUUACAAUAAAAAUGUGAAGGGUCAGUGGUGCGAGACGCCCUACUUCGACGUGGCCAUUGCCAGGGUCGCAAUGGACAACCUCAGCAAUAGAAAAUACACGCAACAAUACGAGGAAAUAAAAGACCAAAUUUAUUUCAUGCAAACAGACACGCCCGUUUACUCCACAAACAAGAAGGCUCGCAUCGCUGCUAGUGAGGUCCAAUACAAGAAGGACUAUGAGAAGACGAAAGCAACGUCCGACUACAACACGCUUCCCGCCACGGAGAAUCCUCUCCUGAGACAGCUCAGAUACGCCGGCACCAUCCUCAGUGAUAAAGUCUAUAAGGCUAGCUAUGAGAAAUCCAGGGGAUUCAGCAUCAACUACUGUGACACGCCCAAGUUUCAGAUGGACUCCGUACUCAAAAAGUUCACUGAUGCCCAUUACAAAGAUAAGUAUGACAAUGAGGUGAAGGGCCACUACAUCGGCAGCUAUGAAGACCUCUAUAUGCUCCACUGCCAGAAAAUGGAGGAAAUGAAGAAUGAGCAAUUAUAUAAAUCUGAAUAUGAAGAUAUAAAAACCAGAUGCUUCUUCCCUCAAACAAUUACGCCUGAAUACGAAGCUACAAAGAAGCUUGAGCAGUGCAAAGAUAAAGCUUACAAGUUACAUCCAGACAAAGUGAAAUUUACACAAGUGGUAGAUUCACCAGUCUUGGUUCAAGCCGCCAUCAACGCCAAACAGCUAAGUGACUUAAACUACAAGGCGAAGUACGAGGAAAUUAAGUUCAAGUCACACCUGCCCCCAGACUAUCCCUUCUUCAUCCAGUCCAGAGUCAACGCUUUUAACCUCAGUGAUAACUGCUACAAGUACGAUUGGGAGAAAACCAAAGCGAAAAAGUUUGAGAUCAAGGGCGACACCAUCUCGAUCCUUGCUGCCCGCGCUCACACGAAUAUCGCCAGUGAUGUUAAAUAUAAAAAAGAGUAUGAGAAGAACAAGGGGCAGAUGGUUGGAGCCCUUAGCAUUAACGACGAUCCCAAGAUCUUACACUCUGUUCACGUGGCUAAAAUCCAGAGUGAUCGUGAAUAUAAAAAGGACUAUGAAAAGAUAAAGACCAAGUACCACGCACCUCUGGAUAUGAUGUCAGUCACAUUAGCCAAGAAGUCACAGGGGAUUGCCAGCAUGGCUGGCUACAGGAAAAUCAACCCCAACUACUUCCUGCCUUACGACAGUGUGCUGCUGGACUUGGCCAAAAAGGCUAACAUCAUCCAGAGUGAUAACGAAUACAAGUCGGACUACAACAACUUCACCAAGGGUUCCCCAUGGGUCAGCUUUGGCGCCAUUGACGUGGAAAGGGCUAAGAAUGCUGCUGGGAUCCUCAGCGAGAAAAAAUACAGAGUACAUCCAGAUAAAAUCCCCUUCACAUCUAUUGAUGACCAUCCCGUCAUGUUGCAGUCCAAGGUCAACCAGCUCCAGAGGAGUGAUUUGUUCUACAAGAAAGGUCUUGAGGAGAUCCAUCAGAAGUACUCCCUGCCACCCGAUAUUCCUGAGUUCCAACAGGCCAGGUGCAACGCCUACAACAUCAGCAAGAACUACUACAAGCAUGGCUGGCAGGAGAUCAUUGCUAAAGGUUAUGACCUGAAGCCGGAUGCCAUCCCUAUUGUUGCUGCCAAAGCAGCUAGACAUGCUGCCAGUGAUGUCCAGUAUAAAAAGGCUUACGAGAAGGCCAGAGGCCACCAUGUUGGCUUCCGCAGCCUCCAGGAUGAUCCUCUGCUGGUUCACUACAUGGAGGUUGCCAGGCUGCAGAGUGACAAGAACUACAAGAAGGACUACCACAAGGCCAAGCUGAAGUAUCACACCCCAGUGGACAUGAUGAGUGUGGUCCAUGCUAAACAUGCCUCAGCAGUGCAGACAUACGCUGGCUACAAGCAGCAUCACCAUAAAUACUGUCUUCUGCCCGACUCUAUGAGUCUGGAACUUGCUCGCAACAUGAACUUCAAUUCCAGUGAUUACAACUAUAAACAGGAUUAUGAGUCCUCGGUCAAGGGAAUUGGCUGGGUUCCAAUUGGUUCCAUUGAGGUGGAAAGAGCCAAAACUGCAGCAUUAGCUCUCAAUGAGAAAAAGUAUCGCCAGCACCCUGACACCCUCAAAUUCACCAGUUCCACUGACUCCAUGGGCAUGGAGCUGGCUAAGAACAAUGCCAAGAUCAUGAAUAUGAAAGAGUAUAAAGCCAGCGGAGAGAAGUUCAUGCACACUUACCACCUCCCUGCUGAUGCUCCUGAACUGUUGCAAGCCAGAUACAACGCUGUCAACAUCAGCCAGAAUUAUUACACCUAUUCUCAUCGUCAAGAUCUGCUCAAAGGACAUCAUGUGAAGGGAGACGCCAUCCCCAUUGUUGCAGCAAAAUCUUCAAGAGAUAUCGCCAGUAAUUACAAGUACAAGCUGGCCUAUGAGAAGGCCAGAGGCCACCACGUUGGCUUCCGCAGCCUCCAGGAUGAUCCCCUGCUAGUUCACUACAUGGAGGUGGCUAAAAUGCAGAGUGAGAAGAACUACAAGAAGGACUACCACAAGGCCAAGCUGAAGUAUCACACCCCAGUGGACAUGAUGAGUGCCGUUCACGCCAAGCACGCCUCCGCUGUUCAGACCAUGGCUGGAUACAAGAAGAUCCCUCACAGCUUCCUGCUUCUUCCUGACAACAUGCACCUGCAGCGGUGUCGCACCAUGAUGGAGAUUCAGAGUGAUAAUGUGUACAAAUCAGAUUACAACAACUACUAUAGAGGUGCUGGCUGGGUCCCCAUUGGUUCUCUGGAUGUUGAGAAAGCCAAAGCUGCUAAACAUGCAUUGGAUGAGAGAGGCUACCGUCAGCAUCCCAGCACUCUCAAAUUUACAAGCAAGACUGAUGCCAUGAACAUGGUUUUGGCUAUGACCAACUCCAAGCAGAUGGACAAUACUGCAUACAAAGCUUCUGGCGAGAAGUUCAUGCACACAUAUCAUCUGCCAGCUGACAGCCCUGAGUUCCUCCAGGCUAAAUUCAACGCCCAGUCUCUUAGCGAGAGUCACUACAAGCACAAGUGGCUGGAAGACAUUGCCAAAGGAUACGACUUGAAGCCUGAUGCCAUUUCCAUCUUGCAUGCCAAACAAGGCAGACAUAUUGCCAGCAAUGUUCAAUAUAAGAAAGAGUAUGAGAAGACCAGAGGCCACCACGUUGGCUUCCGCAGCCUCCAGGAUGAUCCUCUGCUGGUUCACUACAUGGAGGUGGCUAAAAUGCAGAGUGAGAAGAACUACAAGAAGGACUACCACAAGGCCAAGCUGAAGUAUCACACCCCAGUGGACAUGAUGAGUGUGGUCCAUGCCAAGCAGGCCUCUGCUGUUCAGACAUAUGCUGGUUACAGAAAAGUCCCCCACAACUACUUCCUUCUUCCUGACAACUUGCACCUGCAGCGGUGCCGAACCAUGAACACCCAGUCAAGUGAUUGUGAUUACAAAUCUGACUGGAACAACUAUGUCAGAGGUACUGGAUGGGUCCCUAUUGGUUCACUUGCAGUUGAGACCGCUAAAGUUGGCGGUCAAAUUCAGAGUGACCACAAGUACCGCACUCAUCCAUCCAACUUCAAGUUUAGCAAACUGAUGGACUCCAUGGAUUUGGCUCUGGCGACAGCCAACAACCAGAUCAUGAACAAGAAAGCCUACACAGCAGCAUGGGAGAAGGACAAACUGACUGUCCACGUCAUGCCAGAUGCUCCUGAGAUUGUCCUGGCCAAGGCUAAUGCUCUAAACAUGAGCCAUAAACUUUACAAAGCUGGUGUGGUGGAAAUGGCCAACAAGGGCUACAACCUUAAACCAGAUGCCAUCCCCAUUUUGGCCGCCAAGUCUGGUACAACUAUUGCCAGUAAUUACAAGUACAAGCUGGCUUAUGAGAAGGCCAGAGGCCACCAUGUUGGCUUCCGCAGCCUCCAGGAUGAUCCCCUGCUGGUUCACUACAUGGAGGUGGCUAAAAUGCAGAGUGAGAAGAACUACAAGAAGGACUACCACAAGGCCAAGCUGAAGUAUCACACCCCAGUGGACAUGAUGAGUGUGGUCCAUGCCAAGCAGGCCUCUGCUGCUCAGACCAUGGCUGGAUACAGGAAGAUCCAGCACAGUAAUCUUCUCCUCCCUGACGCCAUGAACCUCGAGCUUGCUCGCACCAUGAACAUCAAUGCUAGUGAUUUCAACUACAAGUUAGACUGGAACAACUAUGUCAGAGGUACUGGAUGGGUCCCUAUUGGUUCACUUGCAGUUGAGACCGCUAAAGUUGGCGGUCAAAUUCUGAGUGAACACAAGUACCGCACUCAUCCAUCCAACUUCAAGUUUAGCAAACUGAUGGACUCCAUGGAUGUGGCUCUGGCAUCGGCCAACAACCAGAUCAUGAACAAGAAAGCCUACACAGCAGCAUGGGAGAAGGACAAACUGACUGUCCAUGUCAUGCCAGAUGCUCCUGAGAUUGUCCUGGCCAAGGCUAAUGCUCUAAACAUGAGCAAUAAACUUUACAAAGCUGGUGUGGUAGAAAUGGCCAACAAGGGCUACAACCUUAAACCAGAUGCCAUCCCCAUUGUGGCUGCGAAGUCUGGUACAAAAAUUGCCAGUGACUACAAGUACAAGCUGGCUUAUGAGAAGGCCAGAGGCCACCAUGUUGGCUUCCGCAGCAUCCAGGACGAUCCUCUGCUGGUUCACUACAUGGAGGUUGCCAGACUGCAGAGUGACAAGAACUACAAGAAGGACUACCACAAGUCCAAGCUGAAGUAUCACUCCCCAGUGGACAUGAUAAGUGUGGUCCAUGCCAAGCAGGCAACUGCUGCUCAGACCAUGGCUGGAUACAGGCAGCAUAACCCCCGCUACACAGUGCUGCCCGAUGCAAUGAACCUGGAAUUGGCUCGUCACAUGCAGUUCAUUGCCAGUGAUAACCAGUACAAGAGUGAGUAUACAAACUACAUCAGAGGUAUUGGAUGGGUUCCUAUUGGAUCGUUGGAUGUUGAGAAAGCAAAAACAGCUGGACUGGCACUCAAUGAGAAGCAGUACCGUCAGCAACCCUGGAACUUCAAAUAUACCAAAGACAUGCACUCUAUGGACUUGGUGCUGGCCUCUGCCAACAACCAGGUCAUGGAUAAGCAAUCUUACACAAAAGCCUGGGAAAAAGACAAGACUUCCAUCCACAUCAUGCCUGACGCAAUGGACAUUGUUCUGGCCAGAGAAAACAAGAAAAACUACAGUGAGAAACGGUACAAACUUGAUAAUGAGCUGUCCAAGAAAAAGGGCCAUAAUUUCCGUGCUGAUGCCAUUGCAGUCCAGGCAGCCAAGGCUUCCACUGCUAUUGCCAGUGAUUACAAGUACAAGACGGGAUACCGUAAGCAGGUCGGUCACCACAUUGGAGCUCGCAGCAUCCAGGACGACCCUCUCCUCAUGUUGGCUCUGAACUCAGCCAAGAUUGCUAGUGACGCUCUGUACAAGAAGGACUUCAACCAGUCCAAGACCAAGUUCCACCUGCCAGUGGACAUGAUGGCAUUUGAACUGGCCAAGAAGAACCAGAUUCAAGUCAACCAUGCUAAUUACAUCACCCGCCUGCACAACUGGACCUGCCUUCCAGACUCCAAUGACGUGGUCCAGGCCAGACAAGCAUAUGACAUACAGAGUGAUGCUGUGUACAGGGAGGAUCUGAAGAUGUUGAAGGGUAUUGGAUGGGUGCCAAUAGGUUCAUUGGAUGUUGAGAAGGCGAAGAAAGCUGGUGAGAUCCUGAGUGAAUAUAAGUAUCGCCAGCACCCAAGCAACUUCAAAUUCAAAGUCACGACCGAAGACAUGCCCCUGGCGCUGGCCAAGGCUAAUAAUGACAUAAUGAACAAGAAAGCUUACACUCAAGCCUGGGAGAAAGACAAGACUACCAUCCACCUCAUGCCUGAUGCCAUGGAUAUCUUACUGGCCAAGGCAAAUAAAGUCAACUACAGUUUGAAUACGUACAAGCAAGCCAACGAAGAGGCCAAGAAGAAGGGAUAUGACCUACGUAAUGAUGCCAUUUCCAUCAUCGCAGCGAAGGCUACCAGAGACAUUGCCAGCGAUUACAAGUACAAGACAGGAUACCGUAAGCAGGUCGGCCACCACAUCGGAGCUCGCAGCAUCCAGGACGACCCUCUCCUCAUGUUGGCUCUGAACUCAGCCAAGAUUGCUAGUGACGCUCUGUACAAGAAGGACUUCAACCAGUCCAAGACCAAGUUCCACCUUCCAGUCGACAUGAUGGCCUUUGAACUGGCCAAGAAGAACCAGAUUCAAGUCAACCAUGCCAACUACAUCACUCGCCUGCACAACUGGACCUGCCUUCCAGACUCCAAUGACGUGGUCCAGGCCAGGCACGCGUAUGACAUUCAGAGUGAUGCUGUUUACAAGGAGGAGAUGAAGUUGUUGCAGGGUAUUGGAUGGGUGCCAAUAGGUUCACUGGAUGUUGAGAAGGUGAAGAAAGCUGGGGAGAUCCUGAGCGAGAGAAAGUAUCGUCAACACCCAAGCAACUUCAAAUUCAAGGUCACAACUGAAGACAUGCCCUUGGUGUUGGCUAAGGCUAAUGCUCAGGUUAUGAACCAGAAAUCAUAUAUUGAUAACUGGGAGAAGGACAAGACGAAGAUCCACAUUAUGCCUGAUGCUAUGGAUAUACUUCUUGCCAAAGCAAACAAUGUCAACUUCAGCAUGAAAAAGUACAAACAGGCUAAUGAAGAUGCCAAGAAGAAGGGCUACGAUCUGCGCAAUGAUGCCAUUUCCAUCAUCGCAGCCCGGGCAUGCAGGGACAUUGCCAGUGAUUACAAGUACAAGACAGGAUACCGUAAGCAAGUUGGUCACCACAUCGGAGCUCGCAGCAUCCAGGACGACCCUCUCCUCAUGUUGGCUCUGAACUCAGCCAAGAUCGCCAGUGACGCUCUGUACAAGAAGGACUUCAACAAGUCCAAGACCAAGUUCAACCUGCCAGUGGACAUGCUGAGUCUUGAACUGGCCAAGAAAUGCCAGAUUCAAGUCAACCACGCCAACUACAUCACCCGCCUGCACAACUGGACCUGCCUGCCAGACUCCAACGAUGUGGUCCUAGCCAGACAUGCAUAUAACCUGCAGAGCGAUGCUGUUUACAAAGAGGAUCAGAGGCUGAUGCAGGGUAUUGGAUGGGUGCCCAUAGGCUCACUGGAUGUUGAAAAGGCAAAGAAAGCUGGGGAGGUCUUGAGUGAAAUAAAAUAUCGUCAACACCCAAGCAACUUCAAGUUCAAGAUGAACACUGACCACAUGCCCUUGGUGUUGGCUAAGGCCAAUGCCCAGGUUAUGAACCAGAAAGCCUACAUUGAGGCCUGGGAGAAUGACAAGACCAAGAUCCACAUCAUGCCAGAUUCUAUGGAUGUUCUUCUCGCCAAGGCUAACAAUGUCAACUUCAGCAUGAAAAAGUACAAACAGGCUAAUGAAGACGCUAAGAAGAAGGGUUACGAUCUGCGCAAUGAUGCCAUUUCCAUCAUCGCAGCCAGGGCUUCCAGGGACAUUGCCAGUGAUUACAAGUACAAGACAGGAUACCGUAAGCAGGUCGGCCACCACAUCGGAGCUCGCAGCGUCCAGGACGACCCUCUCCUCAUGUUGGCUCUGAACUCAGCCAAGAUUGCUAGUGACGCUCUGUACAAGAAGGACUUCAACAGGUCCAAGACCAAGUUCCACCUGCCAGUCGACAUGAUGGCCUUUGAACUGGCCAAGAAGAACCAGAUUCAAGUCAACCACGCCAACUACAUCACUCGCCUGCACAACUGGACCUGCCUUCCAGACUCCAAUGACGUGGUCCAGGCCAGACAAGCAUAUGACCUUCAGAGUGAUGCUGUCUACAAAGCUGACCUGAAGUGGCUCCAGGGCCUGGGCUGGGUCCCCAUUGGGUCAAUUGAUGUGGAGAAAGCCAAGAAAGCUGGAGAGAUUCUGAGUGAUAGGAAGUACCGCCAGCACCCCAGCACUGUUCCAUUCACGAGCCCCACAGAUGCCAUGAACAUUGUUCUGGCAAAGAACAACGCCUUGACCAUGAACCAGCGCAUGUACAUCGAGGCGUGGGAGAAGGAUAAGACCAAGCUGCACAUUAAACCUGACACUCCUGAGAUCCUCCUUUCUCAACAAAAUGCUAUCAACAUGAGCAAGAAACUAUACAGACAAGGUUUUGAGGAGGCCAUCAGUAAAGGCUAUUUCCUCCCUGUGGAUGCAAUCUCUGUCAAGUUGGCUAAGGCCUCCAGGGACAUCAUCAGUGACUACAAGUACAAGACGGGAUACCGUAAGCAGGUCGGCCACCACAUCGGUGCUCGCUGCGUAGAAGAGGACCCUCUGAUCAUGUUGGCUCUGAACUCAGCCAAGAUCGCCAGUGACGCUCUGUACAAGAAGGACUUCAACAAGUCCAAGACCAAGUUCCACCUUCCAGUGGACAUGCUGAGCCUGGAACUCGCUAAGAAAUGCCAGAUUCAGGUCAACCACGCCAACUACAUCACCCGCCUGCACCAGUGGACAUGCCUGCCAGACUCCAAUGAUGUGGUCCAGGCCAGGAAAGCCUACGAUCUUCAGAGUGAUGCUGUAUACAAAGCUGACAUGGAUGAGAUUGUGGGCGUUGGAUGGGUCCCUAUUGGUUCACUGGAUGUGGUGAAGGCCAAGCAUGCAGGAAAGAUCCUCAGUGACCGUCUCUACAAGCAGAAAAUAGACCAAAUGAAGUUUAAGAGUGACAUGACUUCCAUGUCCAUGGCCUUAGCUAAAGCCAAUGCUGAGAUUAUCAACAAGAAAAACUACAUCGCUGCUUGGGAGGCUGACAAAAUUAAGACUCAUGUGAUCCCUGACAUGCCUGAGAUGUUACUUGCCAAAGCCAACGCUUACAACAUCAGCAACAAACUGUACAGAGAAGGCGUUGAAAAGAUAUUCAGAAAGGGUUAUGACCUCAAAGCCGACGCUGUCGCUAUUGUUGCUGCCAAGCAUGGAAGAACUAUUAUCAGUGACUACAAAUACAAGACAGGAUACCGUAAGCAGGUCGGUCACCACAUUGGUGCCCUCAGUGUCCAGGACGACCCUCUGAUCAUGUUGGCUCUGAACUCAGCCAAGAUUGCUAGUGAUGCUCUGUACAAGAAGGACUUCAACAAGUCCAAGACCAAGUUCCACCUCCCAGUGGACAUGCUGAAUCUUGAACUGGCCAAGAAAUGCCAGAUUCAGGUCAACGACUUCAACUACAGAACUCGCUUGCACAACUGGACCUGCCUUCCAGACUCCAAUGACGUGGUCCAGGCCAGGAAGGCUUACGACCUGCAGAGUGAUGCCGUGUACAAGGCUGACAUGGAAUGGAUCAGGGGAACAGGAUGGGUGCCAAUUGGUUCACUUGAUGUGGAGAAAGCCAAGAAAGCAGGAGUGAUUCUGAGUGACAGGAAGUACCGUGAGCAUCCCAGCAAGUUCAAGUUCACUGCUCAAACAGUCGACAUGCCAUAUGCCCUGGCUCUGGCCAACGCCCAGACUAUGGACAAGAAAGCUUACAUUGCUGCCUGGGAGAAGGAUAAGACCGACAUUCACGUCAUGCCUGACACCCCAGAGAUCAUCCUGGCCAAGCAGAAUAAACUCAACACCAGUCUGAAAUAUUAUCGUGAAGGCUUUGUGGAAUCCAUCAAUAAGGGCUACCACCUUCCCAAAGAUGCAAUUUCUGUUAUAGCAGCCAAGACUUCCAGAGAUAUCGUCAGUGAUUACAAAUACAAGGCCGGCUUCCGCAAGCAAUGUGGCCAUCAUAUUGGAGCCCUGAGUGUCAAGGACGACCCACUGAUUAUGCUGGCGGCUAACGCAGCCAAAAUCUCCAGCGACAACAUCUACAAGAAGGACUUCAACAAGUCCAAGACCAAGUUCAACCUGCCAGUGGACAUGCUGAGCCUUGAACUCGCUAAGAAAUGCCAGAUUCAGGUCAACCACGCCAACUACAUCACCCGCCUGCACCAGUGGACAUGCCUGCCGGACUCCACCGAUGUGGUCCAGGCUAGAAAGGCUUACGAUUUGCAGAGUGAUGCUGUGUACAAAGCUGAUAUGGAGUGGCUGAGAGGAUGCGGCUGGUCGCCUCAUGAGUCUGUGGAUGUCAUCAAGGCUAGAAAUGCUCAGACUAUCCUCAAUGAAAGACUUUACCGCCAGCCCCCGAGCUCUGUCAAGUUCACCAGCGUUGUCGACCUCCCAGCUAUUGUCUUGUCCAAGCAAAAUGCUGAAAACAUCAGUGAUAGGAAAUAUAGGGAAGUGUGGGAUCAAGACAAGCUUUCGAUCCACCUGCCACCUGACAUGCCCACAUUUGAGCUGUCCAAGGCCAAUGCCGUUACAAUCAGCAAUAAACUCUACACAAAGGCGUGGGAUGACCAAAAGGCCAAGGGCUACCACAUCAAGGAGGAUGCUAUCUCUGUGCUAAAGGCUAGAGCCUCCAGAGAUAUCAUCAGUGAUUACAAGUACAAGACAGGAUACCGCAAGCAGGUCGGCCACCACAUCGGUGCUCGCUGCGUACAAGAGGACCCACUUAUCAUGUUGGCUCUGAACUCAGCCAAGAUUGCCAGCGACGCUCUGUACAAGAAGGACUUCAACAAGUCCAAGACCAAGUUCCACCUUCCAGUGGACAUGCUGAAUCUUGAGCUGGCUAAGAAAUGCCAGAUUCAGGUCAACGACUUCAACUACAGAACUCAUCUGCACCAGUGGACUUGUCUGCCAGACUCCAAUGAUGUGGUCCAGGCUAGAAAGGCCUACGAUCUCCAGAGCGACGCUGUGUACAAAGCUGACAUGGAGUGGUUGCGUGGGUGUGGUUGGAUGCCACAUGAGAGUGUGGAUGUUUUGAAGGUGAAGCAUGCACAGAAGAUCCUGGCUGAUAGAGGAUACCGUGUCAAGUUGGACCAACAGAAAUUCACAGUUCCAACUGAUAGAGUUGACUUGGUCUGUGCGAAGGUGGCUGCAGAUGCCCUUAAUGAGGCAAAAUAUCGUGAGGCCUGGCACCAGGACAAGACCAAGUACUCACUGACGGACACUCCAAUUCUUGCCACUGCCAGAGAAGUGGCUAAGAACCUUCACCCGAACCUGUACACCAAAGCCUGGGAUAAGGUCAAAGCCACAGGGUACUUUAUGCCUGGAGAUGCUGUACCAAUCAAGCAGUGCAUCCUCACCAGUAAAGUGCAGAGUCAGCAUAAGUACCUGGAGUCUUACCGCAAGCAGGUCGGCCACCACAUCGGUGCCCGCUGCGUUGAGGACGACCCUCUGAUCAUGUUGGCUCUGAACUCAGCCAGGAUUGCCAGUGACGCUCUGUACAAGAAGGACUUCAACAAGUCCAAGACCAAGUUCCACCUGCCAGUGGACAUGCUGAAUCUUGAGCUGGCUAAGAAAUGCCAGGUUCAGGUCAACGACUUCAACUACAGAACUCGCCUGCACCAGUGGACUUGCAUGCCAGACUCCAACGAUGUCAUCCAGGCCCGCAAAGCCUAUGACCUGCAAAGCGACAACGUGUAUAAGGCAGAUCUGGAAUGGAUUCGUGGCUGUGGCUGGGUAGCAGCAGACAGUGUGGACCACGUCAAAGUCAGGAAGGCCCAGGAGAUUCUCAAUGAGAGGUUGUACAAGAAGCAUGCCAAGGACUGCUUUGGAAAAUUCUCCCUGAUCGUGGACCGGCCUGAGAUCGUCUUGGCAAAGAUAAACGCCGCCAACCUCAGUGACCUGAAGUACAAAGAGACCUUCAACUUAGAAAAGGGUCGUUACAUCGGCUCAGAAGACACACCUCAGCUGGCCCAUAGCAGGGAGGUGAACAAGAUCAUCAGUGAGAAACUCUACAAACUAGGAUGGGAUGAGUCUAAGGCUACAGGCUACCAGCUGAACCAUGAAUAUAUCCCUCUGGUCAGCGGCAAGAAGAGCAGGGAUAUCGUCAGUGAUGCCAAGUACAAGGAUGCCCAUGAGAAGGCAAAGGGUCACUACAUGGCUGGAACACUGGUGGACUUCCCCGAGGUUAUGCGUUGUGGACAGCAGGAGAAGGACAAGGGACUGAGGCUCUACCAGAAGGAUUACCAUCAAACCAAGACCAAGACCCACCUCCCCGCUGACAUCAUCGCUAACCAGGUGGCUAAGCGUUGCCAGGACAUGCUGAGCGACGUCCUCUACCGCACCUACCUGCACCAGUGGACCUGCCAUCCCGAUCAGGAGGACGCCAUCCGUGCCCGAAAGACCAAUGAGAUUCUCAGUGAUGUGUUCUACAAGGAUGACCUGAACUGGAUGAAGGGCAUCGGCUGCUACGUCUGGGACACACCAGAGAUCGUUCGGGCCAAGAAGUCCUACGAGCUGCAAAGUGAUCUUAAAUACAGAGAGGAGGCCAAGAAGGAAUUCAACAACUACUCCAUUGUGACAGACACCCCUGUUUAUGUGACUGCUGUCCUGGGUCACACUUGGGCCAGUGAUCUCAACUACAGGGAGGCAUAUCAAAAGGAGAAGCACCUGUACACCACCGUCCUGGACACCUAUGACUAUGCCAGAUGCCACAACUUCAAAUACUUCUUCAGCAACAAAAACUACACCUCUGCCUGGGACAAAAUCAAAGCCAAGGGCUACCAGAUUCCAAAGGAUUCACACGCCCUGCAGCACGCUAAACAGCAGAAGGUUAUUCUGAGCGGCGUCAAAUACAAGGAGGAUUACGAGAAGUUCAAAUCCCUCUAUAGUCUGCCCAAGUCUCUUGAGGACGAUCCUGCCACUGCUCGUUGCGUCAAAGCCGGAAAGCUGGUCCUCGAUCGUCUGUACAAAGAGGAUUACGAGAAGACUAAGGCCAAGAACCACAUCCCCCCAGACAUGCUGGAGAUCAUGUCUGCCCGCAAUACCCAGUCCACCGUCAGCGGAAUCCACUACCGCAAGUAUCUGCACCAGUGGAUUUGCCUGCCUGACAUGCAGAUGUACGUCCAAGCGCGCAAAGUCAACGAGCAGCUCAGUGACAUCUUCUACAAGGACGAUCUGAACUGGUUGAAGGGCAUCGGCUGCUACGCCUGGGACACACCAGAGAUCAUCCGUGUCAAGCAUGCUGGUGACCUUCAGAGUGAGAACAAGUACAGAGCCAAAGGUGUUGAGGCUUUCAAGGAAUAUUCAGUGGUGACGGAGACUCCAGUGUAUGAGACGGCCAAGCAGAACGCCCAGAACCUGAGCGAUCUGCACUACCGCUAUGAUUACAACGCCAACAUCAAGGGCACCAACACCGCUCCUGCUGUUACCAUGGAGACAGAAAGAGCCCGUCUGGCCAACUACAUCCAGAGUGAUAAUUGGUACAAGGAGGCCUGCAAGAGCUCCAUGCCCACUGGUUACUCGCUGCCAAGUGACACCCCACUCAUCAAGCAGGCCAAGAUGAACAGCGUUGUCUCCAGCAACGUGAAAUACAAGGAGGCCUAUGAGAUGAUGAAGGCCAAAUCCUACACUCUUCAUCCAGAGGGCGUCAACUUUGUCAGCGCCAGGAAGGCUAACCAGAUCACCAAUGACCGUCUGUAUCGUGAGGUUUACCAGAAGCAAAAGGACAAGAUCCACACAACCUACGACACUCCUGAUAUCAAACAAGUCAAGAUGAACCAGCAGCACCUCAGUGAUCUGUGCUACAAAGAGAAAUACUACAACACCAGAGGCCAGCUGAUCUCCAUGCCCAUAACCCCUGAGCUGAUGCACUGCUACCACGUCAAUGAGAUCACCAGCGAUCUGAAAUACAAAGAGGACCUGAUGUGGCUGAGAGGCGUCGGCUGCUUCCUGUACGACACCCCAGAGAUGGUCCACGUUCGCAACAUCACCAAAUUCAGGGAGAGCUAUCCAGUGGAGGCUAAGAAGAACCUCGCUAACUACUCUGUGGUCCUGGACACGCCCGAGUAUAAUCGUGUCACUGAGCUGAAAACACACAUGAGCAACCUCAUCUACAAAGCUCAGAGCAAGGAGGAAAUGGCUAAGGUCACCAGCACUUUGGACGCCGUGGACAUUCAGAGAGCCAAGUGGGCCCAGCAGCUGACCAACAAGUACCAGUACACAGAUCUGGCCGCUAAGGAGAGAGCUCAUUUCACUCAAGAAAUUGAAACUCCAAUCAUGGACCACUCCAGAAAGAUGAAAGUGGUCUUCAGUGAUAACAAGUACAAAGAGCAGUAUGAGAAGAUGAAGCACAGGUACACCGCCAUCGCCGAUACGCCUCUCCUGAUCCGCUCCAAGAAAGCCUACCUCCAGUCCAGUGAUCUGCGUUACAAAGAAACCUUUGAGCUUUCCAAAGGACACUACCACACAGUCAAAGAUGCUCUGGACAUCGUCUGCCACCGCAGAGUCACCGACGACAUCAGUGAGGUUAAAUACAGAGAGAAAUACAUCAACUCUCUGGGUACGUGGAAGUCCAUCCCCGACCGUCCCGAGUUCUUCUUCAGCAGAAUCGUCAACGACAACAUCAGCAACGUCAAGUACAAGGAGGACCUGGAUUGGCUGAAGGGUAUUGGCUGCUUUGUGUGGGACACACCUGAGCUGGUGCAGGCUGAGAGGAACAAGACGCUGUACAGCGAGAGACUCUACAAAUCCUCCUUUGAGAAGAACAGAGGCAACUUCAAGUACACUUGCGACUCUCCGUUCUUCCAGGCGGCUAAGAACGCCUCCAUUCUCAUCAAUGAUGUCAGGUAUAAGUCCAGAGCAAAGGAUCUCCUAAAGAGUGGCUGCAAUGAGCUACUCCGCCCAGACAUCCUCAGAGCCCUUUACCAGUCCUCUGUGGGCAGUAAGUGGAAGUACAGGGAGCAGUAUGAACGCGCCAAGGACAAGUUCACCUCCGUUCUGGAGACGCCCGAGUAUGAGGCCCACAAACGCAGCAAGAAGAUCAGCGAUAUCAUCUACAGGAUGGAGUACAACAAGACCAAGGCUAAGGGAUACACCUUGCCUUAUGACACCCCAUACCAGCAGCACAUGAAGAAGGUUAAGGAGAUCACCAGCAGCCUGAAGUAUAAGGAGGUGUACGAGAAGAGCAAGGCCCAGAUCAACAUGGACCCCGAGGCUCAUGAAAUCCGUGCUGCCAAGGAGGCGUACAAGAACAUCAGCAAUCUUGACUACAGGAAGAAGUAUGAAGCUACCAAGAACAAGUGGAUCUGGACCGCAGACAGACCCGACUUUGUCAACGCUGCCAAAAACUCUCUGCAGCAGAGCGACGUUGAGUACAAGUACGACAAGGAGAUGAUGAAGGGCUGUGUGAUACCUGUCGUUGAUGACAAGCUCACCGUCCUGUGCAUGAAAAAUGCUGAAAUAGCCAGUGAUGUGAAGUACAAGCAGAAGUAUGAAAAGGAAAAGGGCCACUACGUUCCCGUUUUGGACACACCUCAAAUUCUCCAUGCCAAGGCUGUGCGCUCUCUGGUAUCAGAGAGCAAAUACAAGGAGGCCAGUAAGAAGGACAUGCAGUCUGGCUCGUUCACCACGCUGUCCGAGACCCGCGACACCGCCCACAGCAAGGAGAUUAACAAGCUCGUCAGCGGGAAACUGUACAAGCAGAAGUUUGAGAAGGAGAAGGGCAAGUCAGUGUACAACCACAUGAUGGUGCCGCCCGAUGUGCAGCACGCCAUGGAUGUGGCCAAGAACCAGAGCAGCGUUGCCUACAAGAAGGACGCCAAAGCCAACCUGCACUACACCAGUGUAGUGGACCGUCCUGACAUCAGGAAGGCCACCCAGGCCGCAAAACUCAUCAGUGAGGUUGGUUACCGUGAGAAGGCGCGUGAAGAAGCCAGCCGUGGAGGUUCUCUGGCCCAUCGCCCAGACAUCGCUUUGGCAACUGAGGUGUCCAAGCUGAACAGCCAGGUGGAGGCCAAGCCCUCCCUCCAUGGAGCAGCUUCCUAUGAUACCCCCCAGAUGCGCCACAUUAAGAAAAUGAGUGCUGUGACUAGCGAUUUGAAGUACAAGGAGAAGUUUGAUAAGGAGAUGAAAGGAAAGAAGCCACAAUAUGACCUGAAGGACAGUAAGAUUUACAAGACUUUGAAGGAUGCCAACGUGCUGGCUAGUGAGGUGAAGUACAAGGGCGACCUGAAGAAGAUCCACAAGCCUGUGACUGACAUGGCCGAGUCACUGUCCAUGCAGCACAGCCUGAGCACCAGCAAACUGUCCAGCCAAUACUGCUACAAGAAGAAAUUUGAGGAGAGUAAAGGUCACUACCACAUGAUUCCCGACACACCAGAACAGCUCCAUCUCAAGGAGGCCUCUGAACUCCAGAGCAACGUGAAAUACAAGGAGAAGUAUGAGAGGGAGAAGGGCAAACCCAUGCUGGACUUUGAGACGCCCACAUAUGUGACAGCCAAGGAGGCCCAGCACAUGCAGAGCCAGAAAGACUAUAAGAAGGACUAUGAGGAGAACAUGAGGGGAAAGAACCUCUCAGGCUUGGAGGUCACCCCUGCCAUGAUUCAUGUCAGACACGCCACCAAAAUAGCCAGUGAGAAAGAGUACAGGAAGGAUCUAGAGGAGGGAGUGAAGGGUAAAGGGCUAACUGUACUGGAGGAAACUCCGGAGCUUUUGAGAGCAAGGAAUGCCACUCAAAUCCUGUGUGAGAGAGAGUAUAAGAAGUCGCUGGAGCAGGAGAUUAAGGGCAAGGGAAUGUUGGCGUUGGCUACGGACACGCCAGACUUUAUGAGAGCCAGGAAUGCCACUGACAUCCUCAGUCAGACUAAGUACAAGCAGACCGCCGAGAUGGACCGGGCCAGCUACACCACCGUCAUCGACACCCCCGACAUCAUCCACGCUCAGCAGAUGAGGAACAUCGUCAGCCAGAAAAAGUACAAAGAGGAGGCCGAGAAGACCAUGUCUCACUAUGUCCCAGUCCUGGACACUCCGGAGAUGCAGAGAGUCCGUGAGAACCAGAAGAACUUCAGCACUCAUCAGUACCAGACUGACCUUAAAAACAUAAAGGGCAAAGUGUCUACCGUUAAGGACACUCCUGAAAUGCUCCGUGUUAAAGAGAAUACAAAGAAUUUCAGCUUGAUUCAGUACAAAGAGGAUUUGGGCGGAGGGACAGCUCUGCCCGAGACCCCCGAGAUGGAGAGAGUUAAACGUAACCAACGCAACAUUAGCACGAUACAGUACAAGGAGUCUGUGGGUCAAGGCACAGCCAUACCAGACCUCCCUGAGGUGAAGCGGGUCCGAGAAACCCAGAAGAAUAUCAGCCUGCUUCAGUACAAAGAAGGAGUGGGACAAGGCACGUCAGUAUCAGAGACCCCAGAGAUGGAGAGAGUUAAACGCAAUCAGCAAAACAUUAGCACGCUUCAGUACAAAGAAGGAGUGGGACAAGGCACGUCAGUAUCAGAGACCCCAGAGAUGGAGAGAGUUAAACGCAAUCAGCAAAACAUUAGCACGCUUCAGUACAAAGAAGGAGUGGGACAAGGCACGUCAGUAUCAGAGACCCCAGAGAUGGAGAGAGUUAAACGCAAUCAGCAAAACAUUAGCACGAUCAAAUACAAGGAGUCUGUGGGUCGAGGCACGGCCAUACCGGACCUCCCUGAGGUGCAGCGGGUCAAACAAACCCAGAAGCACAUCAGCUCGGUGUUGUAUAAAGACAGUUCAGCCAAGGGAACUCCAGUGGUGUUCACUCCUGAGAUGGAGCGAGUCAAAAGGAACCAAGAAAACAUUAGCUCGGUGCUGUACUCGGACAGUUUCCGUAAGCAGGUGCAAGGCAAGGCCGCCUUCGUCCUGGACACUCCUGAGAUGAGGCGCGUCAGGGAGACACAGCGCAUCAUUUCUGGAGUGAGAUACCACGAGGACUUUGAGAAGAGCAAAGGCAGCUUCACCCCCACCACCUCCGACCCGGUGACGGAGCGCGUGAAGAAGAACACGCAGGACUUCAGCGACAUCAGCUACCGCGGCAUCCAGAGACGCGUGGUGGAGAUGGAGAGGAGGCGCGCCAUCGAGCACGACCAGGAGACCAUCACCGAUCUGCGUGUUUGGCGCACGAACCCCGGCUCCGUGUUCGACUACGACCCUGCAGAGGACAACAUCCAGUCCAGGAGUCUGCACAUGAUGUCAGUCCAAGCUCAGCGUCGCAGCAAGGAGCACUCCCGCUCCACCAGCGCCCUGAGCGGCAUGGCCGACGAGAAGUCCGAGGUGUCCCAGGACGCCGACCACCACAUGUCCCUCUACAGCAACGGCUUCAUGACCUCCUCCAUGGGCUACCAGACCGCUAAGACUGUGGAGCUGCAGCAGAGGUCGUCAUCAGUGGCCACCCAGCAGACCACGGUGUCCUCCAUCCCCUCGCACCCCUCCACCACCGGGAAAACCGUGCGCGCCAUGUACGACUACGCGGCGGCCGACAGCGACGAGGUGUCCUUCAAGGACGGCGACGUCAUCGUCAACGUCCAGGCCAUCGACGAGGGCUGGAUGUACGGCACCGUGCAGCGCACCGGCAAGACCGGCAUGCUGCCGGCCAACUACGUAGAAGCCGUCUAAAGACAGAGCCCGCCCCCACCCCCCGGACGGACGGACGGAGCCGUUUCCCUCCGGAGGGGGCGAGACGCAUCCACGGGGCCUUCCUUUCGUUCACCGCCGUGGCUUUAGUGCAAUGUGUAGCUCUUAGUUUAUCGCCGCCGUGUAUUUGAACCGUGUUGUAUUUCUGUGUUAUCGUUGAAAUGCUGCUACUCCCCCCCCUCAGUCCCCCCAUCCCUCCCCCUCGAUGCCCGUGGAUGCAACAUGAACUUCACACACACACAUAAUCUAUGAAUGAUGAUGAUUCACCAAUUUAUCCAACCUGACCUUAUUAUUUUGUACAUUUCAAAAAUCUAAUUUAACGUUUUUAUCCAACUCCUGAAACCGAAAGGGCUCAAGUAAAAGUUCCUUUAAUAAAUAGAGAAAGACACGAAGAAACGAUUCAAGUGAUGAAACUUACAAGGAGUCAGUUACCAUCUACCUCCUCCGUGAUUAAAAGCCGCUCCUGAAGAGUUGUACGAGACGCCUCAGCCUUCCCUCCUUUACCACUAGUGCAAUGUGUGAUUAUUUAGGUCCUGGCGAUGGUUCGUCCUCCACCUUUAAUCAGUAGCUAAUAAAGCACACCAAGCUCCUGCA